AUGGUGCCAAUGGAUCUUAAGGAGUUGAAGAUCCAAUUGCAGGAAUUACUCGACAAGGGUUUUAUCUACCCGAGUUCAUCACCAUGGGGAGCAUUCAUGUUGUUCGUUAAUAAGAAGGAUGAAUCAAUGAGGAUGUGCAUCAAUUAUCAAGAGCUAAAUAAGGAGGAGGGCGGAAUUCACCUAGAAAAAACUCUGGAGAGGCUUCAACAAGAACAACUUUACGCCAAACUCGAGAAGUGUGAGUUUUGGCUAGGUAGCAUGUCCUUCCUUGGACAUGUGAUCUUUAGAGAAUGGGUAUUGGUAGACCUUGAAAAGGUAAAGGUGGUGGUUGAAUGGGGAAAGCUGACCAGCGUACACAAAUUUUGGAGUUUCUUAGGACUUACUGAAGGAUUUGAACUUGAGGCAGAGAAGGUGGUUGGAAUUGAUCAAGAUUAUGAUUGCAAAAUAAAUUACCACCGAGGUAAAGCCAAUGUGGAUGCCGACGCAUUGAGCAAAAAAUCAACAAUUGAGCUUGCCACUAUUGGGAUUUCUCAACCUCAGUUGAUAAUGGAGCUCAAGAGGUUGAAGUUGGAAGUCGUUGGCAAAGGCAUACCUGCACUUCUAUCCAGCAUGGUGAUUCAACCAAAAUUGCUAAAGAUGAUUAAGAUUGGUCAGAUUGAUGAUCCAGAGUGUUAA